AAAACAAAAAAAACAAAAAAAAUGGAAAUAGAAUAAGAUAAAUUAGAUGUAAGCAAAAUAUCAAAUUAUAAAUUAGUUGAUUAGAAAUAUUACAUAAAAAAUCAUGUUUUAGGUAGAGGAAACUUUGCGGAAACUUACCUAGCGACAUUAAAAGAGAACGAAAACUAAAUAUUAGCUUGUAAAUUGAUAUCUAAAGAUUCUUUAAUGGAAAAAUUACGCAAAAGUAAAGAACCAGAAUCACGUAAAAAAUAUAUAAUAGACUCCUUAAAGAAUGAAGUUUAAGUAUGGAAAAAACUAAAUCAUCCAAACAUAGUUCAAUUUAUAGAUUUUUCAGAAACAUACAAUAAUAUAUAUUUUUUUUUGGAAUAUUGUAAUGGAAAAGAUUUAUAAAAGUGUUUGAAAGAAAAAACUAGAUUAAGUGAGGAAGAAUCACUAAUAAUAUCCUAAUAAAUAGCCAAUGGAUGUCAAUAUUUGUACUAAAAAGCAAUUUUCCAUAGAGAUUUAAAACCAGAAAAUAUACUGAUUCAUAAUGGAAUAGCGAAAAUUGCAGAUUUCGGAUUCUCAAAAGCUAUUAAUUAUGAUAUGAGAGAUACUGCUAAUUCAGGAACUUCAGUAGGAACCCCUUAUUAUAUGUCUCCUUAAAUAAUUCUCGGAUAAGAUUAUUCUAUUAAAUGUGAUGUAUGGUCAUUAGGUGUUAUGUAUUAUGAAACUCUAUAUGGAAUGGUGCCUUUUUAAGAUAAAAAUAGUAUAGAAUCUUUAGCUUAAAAAAUUUAAUAAGGAAAUAUUCAAUAUCCGGCUUUUGUUAAAAUUAGUAAUGAUCUUAAAGAAUUACUUCAAAAAAUGCUUACUGUUGAAGAAGAAAAGAGAAUUUCUAUGACUGAAGUUAAAAAUAAGAUAGAUGAACUCGUUGAUAGAAUCAAAAAAUGA